CUGUAACAACAUGCAGUAUAGCACACUGUGUAAUCGUUGUAAUACGUUUACUAUUUCGUCUUGGGAACAGAUUGUGUUUCGCCAAAAGCAAGAUAAUUUUGUAGAUCUGAGAACCGGUGUCAGGAUGUAUCACCCUUUCCCCCAAGAGCAUACCUUUUCCCUUUCAACCCAGCUACAUAAAUGUUAGGUCAGGGAAAAAGUCAGGCUUCAGCCAAGGUAGGCUUCGAAAAGAUUCGUGGAAACAUCGCUUUGCGAUUUUUGAGUGGCUGGUUCAGAGAACAGAAUACAGAAAACAGCAACGACGACGAGACGAAGACCGACGGGAGUGACGGAAUCAUGACCGGUGGUAGUCACAGAACUGACAGCCAGACGAGUACGAGUUCGACAUCCACACAGGUUGUCUGCGUCUUCAGCUGCCAAAGUCCCAAAGAUGCGUGCAACAAGGCCUACGCGUGUCUGCAGACAGCCUGCAAGAAUGCCAACUCCACCAAACUCAGCCGAGUUGCAUUCGAGAAGCUGGACUUCGGCGAGACCAAGGUCUUGGACAUUUUUUACGGGGCAGAUGUGGUGGUUGUUGACAUGACCGUCAUGGUGCAGCAGCGCACGCUGUUCUACCAUCUCGGGGUGCGAGAAAGUUUUGGAAUGGAACGCAACAUUGUAUUGUACUUUGAUGACAUAGAUCCCGACACCUCCUCGUCAUUAGGUCAAUCCUGCCAUAGCUCUGGAUAUGUCUUUGUGCCAUACAAGAUCAACAAUGGAGAUUGUUAUGUCUGUGACAUGGCCUGUGUGCGCCCCAACACUGGUGCUGGUGCUGCUCCCAAAGGAGGCGCUGACCUUCCGGUACAGGAUCCUUCACUGCUCCAGCAGCUCUGUCCACCCCUGACAGAACGUCUGCAAAAGAUCUUGGAAGAAGUACACAUAUCCAACAGGAGUAAUGCUCGAGAGGUUCUGUUGAGUGACAUACGCAAGGCUCGUAGCAAGUACAAAGGAGCUGAGCUGGGGAAGGAGUUGGCAGCAUUGAAGUCACGCAUGGAUGAACAGCUUCUGUUGACAGGUGACAUCGUCCAUCAAUUCCUUCUGUCCUAUCGUGAGAUCCAGGAUUACAAUUCAAUGGUUGCCCUCGUUGAAGACAUCAAAGAACUGGCCAAUGACAACGUCACAGAGAAGGCCGCCAUUACGCAUCUCUAUGCCUUUGCUCUCAACCGACGGAAGAAGCCUGGUGACAGAGAGAAAGCCCUGAAAGUCAUCUGUUAUGCACUGAAGAAGAAGGAGAACCAGGUUCCUGACAUGUUUUGCCUGUGCGGCCGCAUUUACAAGGACAGAUACACAGAGAGUAAUUACGAAGACAACGAAAGCAGGGAUCAGGCCAUACACUGGUAUCGAAAGGGCUUUGAGGUUCAGCCCAAUGAGUAUGCAGGUAUCAACCUGGCGACACUCCUCGUUUUGUCAGGAAAAGAAUUCAGCAAAUCCGCAGAACUGCAGAAAAUUGGGAUGACACUGAACAACUUGCUAGGUAAGAAGGGUAGCCUGGCCUCCUUACAAGAUUACUGGGACGUAGCCACCUUCUUUGAGAUCAGCGUGCUUGCCGGGGAUUUGGGCAAAGCUUGCCAGGCUGCUGAAUGCAUGUUCAAGCUGAAACCGCCCAUUUGGUAUCUGAAAUCGACGCUUGGAAAUAUCAAGAUGAUCAACAAGGUGCGUCUGGCAGCAGGUGACGGCAAUCCAACCAGAGACCAAAUGCUCUUUGACUUUUGGCUGGAUUUCUUCGUGGAGGCAACUAAAGACAACACCACUGACGUCCGGUUCCCAGUCCUUGUGUUGGAGCCUACCAAGGUGAUGAAUCCAAGCUAUAUUACCAUCAACAACGAUGAACAGGACUCUGAACAGAGGUCACUGAGACUGUGGCACGUUGGCGUAGCCGCUGGCUGCAAGGGAAUCCAUGAGUGGUUAUUCAAAGCUCAAUCAAUCAAAGGCGUCAGCCUGUAUAAGCGAGAUGACCGCUGCCUGUUCCUGUAUGUCCAGCAGAACUCGGACGACUUCCAACUUUUCUUCUCCUCGGACCAGCAGAGACAACAUUUUUAUGAGCUGGCCAAAGAGAUCAUCGCCGCUGCCAACGAUGUGUUUGUGGGCGAAGUGGAUUCAGAUCUCUCCAGUGAACCUAUCCAGUUUGAAUACGAAUUCAACGAGAAGGGAGAGAGGAUGUUAUUAGGACGAGGCACAUACGGCGCCGUCUACGCAGCUAGGGAUACUAGGACACAGGUCCGUAUGGCUGUCAAGGAGAUCCCUAUCAGGGAUAUGAGAGAGGUUCAGCCAUUACACGAGGAGAUUCUCCUGCACUCCCGCCUCAGUCACAAGAACAUCGUCAAGUACCUGGGCUCACAGAACUGUGAUGGUUUCUUCCGUAUAUUCAUGGAGCAGGUCCCUGGGGGGAGUCUGUCUGCUCUGCUGAGGUCCAAGUGGGGUCCGUUGAAAGACCAUGAGGAGACCAUGUCAUUCUACACUCGGCAGAUCCUGGAAGGACUCAAGUAUUUGCAUGACCAGAAGAUUGUCCACCGUGACAUUAAAGGUGACAAUGUCUUGGUGAACACUUACAGUGGGGUUGUCAAAAUCUCUGACUUCGGCACCUCCAAGAGACUGGCUGGUAUCAACCCGUGUGCUGACUCAUUUAAAGGUACCCUACAGUACAUGGCUCCUGAGGUCAUUGAUAAGGGAAUCCGAGGACAUGGUGCAGCUGCAGACAUCUGGUCUCUUGGUUGUACAGUAGUUGAGAUGGCAACUGGAAAACCACCUUUCAUUGAGCUUGGCUCUCCAGAGGCAGCCAUGUUCAAAGUAGGCUUUUACAAAAUCCAUCCAGAAGUACCAGCCUCUAUGUCUGACCUGGCCAGGAAGUUCAUCCUCAGAUGUUUUGAGCCAGACGCAGAGAAGCGAGCCACAGCUGCUGAGCUCCUGAUCGACCCAUUCCUGAAGAGACGGCGGAUAACUGGCCGCAACGCUGCUGCCGAUUAUAAACAUGACCGCAGCAUAUCAGAACCUAGCAACGCCUUUAAACUCGAUCCUGUACCAGCCCUGAAGUAUCGCUCCAACAGCCGACCAGAGUCUCCUGUGCUUGGCACCCAUUCAGAAUCAGCAACUACCAUGCCCAUGGACUUUGACGUCAAAUCGAAACGUCGGUCGGUGGACAUGGUAUCACCAGGAUCCCAAAGAAACUCCCUGGAAGUGCCUAGUAUGUCAGGUGUAGAUGGGUCCAGUGAGGAGAGUACCGCUGAGACUCCUACAACCCCUGACCGGGGCAGAGGUCAUGGGUUCUACAUGCUGAGGAAGGACAGCGAGCGGCGGCAGACACUGCUGCAGAUCCUAGAGUCAGAGCCAGACAAGAUUGUACAGCGUUGGAUGAGGAAACUGCACGCUGGUACCCCGCCUACCAAGAUUACCACUGUGCACCUUGGAAUUCUCAUGUCUGGCAUGGCACAAUACAUAAAGACCAGGGAGAGGAAAUUUGUCUUCGAUGCAGUAGCUGAAUUAAAGUUGGACUUGGACUAUGAUCACAUUGCACUCGGUGAGAUCCAGCUGGCUUUGUACACAUUCCUUGAUACGGUUGUGGAUGUACUUAAGCAACACGUUAACAACAUCAAACCACACUGGAUGUUUGCUCUAGAUAAUCUCAUCAGAGACAGCGUACAAACGGCUAUUACAAUACUUUCCCCUGAUCUGGGCCACAAUAUUGUACCCAAUCAGCCGCCCCACCCAGACCAAACGGACCACGCCCACCACCACCACCAGUAUCACCAUGACGAGGAGGGCGUGAACACCUCGGGCGUGUCCACCCUCAGCUCCAGCAAGUCUCAUGAUAGAGACCUGUUUAUGGAGCGGGCGUCGGCCUCCUCGAUGCAGGUGGAGUACAGAAAGUUGGUACAAGAACAGGGAAGGCUACUGGGUGACCUUGUGGAAGUACAACGGAACCUCAAUGACUUGCUGGGAGGUCAUGUCAGGACAGGUCGUGACCUUGUUGACCACAUGAAGGAGGAUGAACCGGCUAGUGUUGACGGAAGAAACAUCGGUGACGACUGGACCAUCACCGAAGAAGAAGGGGACCAGGAACUUGUUGAGUGGCUACGAAGCCUGUCUAUCGAUGAGUACAGUAUCAGCAGGUUUGUGAGAGAGGCUUACACUCUGGAAGUCGUCCAAGAAAUGAUGACACGGAAAGACUUGCGUCACAUGGGACUCAAGGGCGGUGUACAGUGUCGAAUCUGGAAUGCCAUUCAGAGGCAUCGUAGAGACCCGGUGUAGCCCUGCUGUAACUUGGACAAGAAAAUUGUACAGAUCGUGUAAAUAUUUCAAAUUGUGAGGGGAAAAAAAAUGCAAAAAUGGUUUCUUCUUGAAAUCAUUCUGUGUGACUAAUUUCUUCCAGACUUUGGAAAGUGCAAAGAAAUGUGACAAAUACUGCCAUCUGCCAGCGUGUCUUUAGAAUUCUUGAAAGCAGUAAAAUGCUUGCUCCUGUUUUGUAUCCCUCAAGGAAAUGAUAAGAGGGGAAUAACCUUUCACAGCCGUAUCUUUUGUCAUUCAGUAUUUGCAUCAGCUUGCCAGCACUAGCAAGUUUGCUGGAUGAGGCAUCUGCACUUAUAAACAAGAGGUCAUAGGUUCGAUUCCCGUUAAUGUAGCAAGUUUCUUGCAGACAGUGAUUUAUUUCAGUGGAUAAACUUAAGUUACAAUACAAUUGUUUGCCCUGCAUCUGGGUAGUGUUGAAAGUACUACGUACUUGGUGCUCUCCCAAAACUUGCUUGGGUGGGAUUUGAACCCUUGGCCUGCUGCUUACUUGUGUAGGCAUGUCAGCCUUUUUAUUUUUGUUGAUGCUGAGUAGAUAAGGCUGUGCAAAUCAAAUGUAUUUGAUAAACCAUAAUGUGCUCAAUUCAUCCUAAAAGCAGUGCCAGUAAGAAAAAAAAAACACUACAAUCACCUGCUAGUUUUCAAUAUUAAGGUUUCAGUGUAAUUAUGUAAUUAUUUAAAAUGAUAUACAUUUAGAGGGGAUCUUCUUUUGUAAAUUUAACAAAAAUGUAAUGUAACUUGUAUAUAUAAACCUAUAAUAUUGAGGGAUUUUUUUUUCUUUUUUUCCUGCAUCCUAGCAGUGACUUAUUCUUGCUACUGACUAUGAUCAAUGAUGCAAAUUCCUAAACCAAACAACUUGUAAACUGUCUCAAGAAGAUACCGAAGUGUGAAACUCCUCUCCUAACCUGGCUCGUCAUGUCAGCCCCUGUCAAUCCGUUUUAUUCCUUCCUUUCCCUGCCCACUUUCUGAAGCAAUAUAAAUUUAUUUCUCAUGCAAACGGUGUCUUGAAGCCUCCAGUCAAAAUCUUUUGUCUUCCAGCAUCGAUGACUUACUUGUUUGUUUUCCGUUUUGCUCAGAACAUGAGCUAUCCACUAUAAAACCUACCGUAAAUCAUUCAUGGGUGGCUCCCCCAACUCAUGCCUAAUUCAAGAAUUCAUGAGAGAGAUGAGAAACCAGCUCGUACUCAUACACAGAGCUAGUCGAAACGAUUGCAGGGCAGACCAAAUGUGUUUUUAAAGGCUUGAGGUGUUACCAAUGGUUAAAAUAGAUUAAGAAACUGUAAUUUUUUUUCUUUCUAAAACCCUGUAUAUGUUUUUUAUGAUUAAAUCGCAAAACAAAUUUGUCUUAUUUAAUCUUGCAAUAUGGUUGACAUGUUUUUGGAAGAACUGAGCAUGAUUUAGUUCUGAAUCUCAGCAGGAAACCUCAGAGCAGCAUCUCCUCUCAAGGUUCUUGGUUCCCUCACAAAGACUUUUAAUUUUAUAUAGAUCCUAGCUAAUAUUGAAGCAGCCUGGAUGGCCAGAAGACGAACGGCUCAAUCUUUCUUGGAUUUCCUGUUGGUACUAAUCCGAAGUUGUAUUCGCUGGCCAUUUUUCGUAAUUCACUUGGUUUUUACAUUCAUAUAAAUUGCCUGUGUUACUUCUGAAGUAUUUGAAAACACGAAACCAAGUAUUUUAAAGAUAUUUUUAAAUGUUCAUAUGUUGCUUAGCUUUAGUUGUACAGUAUAUGUAAUUCCUUGAAGUUGCACAACGUAGUGAAGCCAUAUUGCAAUGUUGUGUUUGUUUGUUUGUUUGUUUGUUUCCCCUUUUAACCCAGCCCAACUUUAAUAGCAGUAAACAAGAAUGCAGGAUUAUCAUAAAAUGACAACAAAACACACUAUAAGCUUAAGGCCAGGUGCUGUGUACAUUAAUAUCGAAUGCUGUUGUUAUGGCCAAGUGUGAUGAGUAAAUUUGUCGACCAUUGGCCAAAAUCCCAGGUAACCCAUGAGGAAAAGAUACACUUGGUACCAGGGAAUCAACAAGUAACUGAAGAGUGUUGCUUAUCCACCUUUUUACAAACUAUUUUAUGUUACCUGUUGCCUGAGUACCUGCUGGCCCAUCUAAUGAUUUUUUCAUUGUCAUGCACAGAAUUAACUGAUGUUCAGUAACUUCAAUGUAAAUACUUUUUGAAAAAUAAUAUGAAACUCUGGCAAUAAAUCCCCUACGUACCAAGGCCAGCAGAAUGAAUUUAAUCACUCGUCAGAGAAACAGAAAUCAUGUGCAAUUUGGUUUCCUGCACUGCAAACAAAGUGUUGGAGUCUGUUGGUGAUGAUUGCAAAUUAAAAGAAAAUAUCAUUACAAUCGUGA